AUGGUGAAGGUCGUCCAGAAUAUCCCCAAGCUAUUGGUGUACCUUCCCUCUCAGCUCAAUGUUCGCUCUCAGCUAAACCAGUCUGAGUCCAGUGUGUCAGGUCUGUUGGAGGUGUUGUCGGGCAGGAGGAGGCUGUGGGCUCUGGGGGAACUGGCAGCAAUUGAGAGCGGAUACAGACAGACUCUGGAGCUCAAACACUCUUACCCACAGUUGAAGCCGUUCCCCAGGACUGUAGCAGUGAGGACAGUCUAUGAAGCAAGAAACUGGAGCUACCAGGUUCAACAUGGAGCUGUGUGGGGGAAUCAGGAGUUCAGCCUGUCUGGUCUGUACUCUGCUCCUCCAGCAGAGUUGGGGAACCAGACGCUGAAGGUUCAGAUCAAAUGCAUCCCACGCUGGACCAGUUUGGAGGUGACACAGGAGCGCUCUCUACAGAGCCGACUAGACAGUGUGUCACUGGGCUGGAUGAGGCAUGGGCGAGUGGAGCAGAUCCGAGCUCUCAGCUCUUGGAGUCGGUCGGAGGAGAUUAACGAGACCAAGCUGGAGCUGAAACAGCCGUUCUCCGUCACACUGAGCCAGCUGUCACUCCACACACUGUCGCACGGCCCACAAAGGGAACAACGCAGCAGCCACCAGAUGAUGGUGUCUUCUGUUAAAGGUUGUGUGUCAGUGGGUCAGGAAGGAAACACAUACUCACAGAAUGCAGAGCUGCGAUGGGACAACAGGAGCAUCAAACAAGGCAUGAAGUACCAGAAGGGUUCACGGGGAGAGCACAGCCUUCAGGUCAAUGUGGGGUUGGAGAAAGUUUCUCCUGCACCAUGUCCUUCACACACGCUGCUGGCCAAAGUCCAAACCAACCUCAGAGAUCGGUUGGAGCACACAGUGCUGCUGAGCCUCUGCCCCUCACAACCUACUCUUUUGUGGUCAGGAUCCCACAGAGUGAACUCAGGAGAGGAGCUGUUUUACACACAGUCUCGCCUCUCGGUGAUGGGACGCCCCCACCAGUGCAGCCUCACUCUCACCCUCAUCAACUCGUCCACCACUCAGGGCACCAACACGUCUUUUUACUCUGAGUCUAAAAUAGGUAACUGGAGUGUGGAAGUGGGGGGUAGUGCCCUGUCAUGGCCUAAUGGCUCCAGUCUCGAGGUGCACGCCAGACUGGACGGCGCUGAGAGGAUCUGGCUGAAUGGGACGGCAGAGGGACGAUGCCUUCAGACCACAGCUGGACACACGAAUGGUCAGGACCUCUGUGAGGAUGUCACUGUGAUGGCAUGUGUGGGAACAAAUCACAGUUUGAUGGUGGAUGUACAGAAAAGAGACGGCAGCAGUAAAUCUGAAACCCUGGGUCGUGUGUCUGUGGGAACAACCAAUCAGAAGCUGAUGCUGAGAGCAAGUGGCUGUUUGGCGAGUCUAACUGCAGUGGAGACACGGAUUCACUAUUUGAGCUCUCAGAUGUGGAAUAAACUGUCAGAGAGAAUCAAGACGUUACAGCAUCUCCUCACUGAAUUCAGACGACAGUCCAGAGAUAGCGAGUUGCUCCAGGAGUUUAGCGCCAUGCUCCUUGAUGUUUCCCAGCAUGCCGAGGAUCUGCUGGCUCAGAGAGAAAGAGGUUUAUUGGCUCUGUGGCAGAAGAGCCGCCUUCGUCACGCUGUGACCAACAGAGUUCCUCGCCUCCUGGGUCUCCUGCAGCACGCCUCGCUGCUGGGCCAACAGGAACUGAGAAGGCCCCUGGCCACUCUGGCAGGUGUUUACCAGGAUGUGAACGGCCAGCGGCUGGAGACACUUUGGAGGGAAAUUGUUUCGUUAUGUAACGAGAGACUGGCAGAGGUCAUGGAGGCUCUGCUGGGGAACCCUCACCUGAAGCCUCUGGCUCGCACAGGUCUCACCAUGUUCAGCGUUGCCCUGGAUGUGGUGAGGGCCAACUGCCUCAACGCUGUAACACACACAUUCCACAGUGAUAGUGGAGUGUCCGUCAAGAAAGGGUCCAGCAUCGUGCAGGUGUCCAAUCAGAAGGGAGUGUCAGUAUCUUGUGACCCGUCGCUUGAGGUGUGCAGCUUCACUCUCGAUGGAUGGUUACACGGCACGUCCACUGGUCUGUUAGGAGUCAAUGACAACGAAGUAGGGAACGAUUUCCCUUUACCUGAUGGAUCUCAAGCUGAAAACAUGGACAGUUUUCUCUAUAGCUGGCAGAUGAAACCAGAGCAUAUGAGGCCUCCACCUCCUGCAGCUAUGAGCCCUGUGAGCUGUGACUAUCUCUUCUCCUCUCCAGAUUCUCCACUGAGUUCCUGUUUCAGAGUGGUGGAGCCUGCUCAGUUCUUCUCAGUGUGCGAGUCGAGCUCCUCCGGGGCCCCCUGCAGAUUAGCAUCAGCAUUUGUCCGUCUAUGCCAGCAGAACUACAUCCCGCUGGAGGUCCCCGUCCAUUGCUUGAAAGUAUGAAGGAAGGAGAAGCUUCAAGUGAUAACGACCCCGUUAGCUGCUAAAACAACACUCUCAUAUACCACUGGUUAUGCUACAAUAAUUAUAUAUUUUUUUAUCAUACAAUGUUGUAUCCUGUUGUUUAGUUUCACAAUAUUUUAAUUCCUAAAAUGCACACUUCUCUUUAAGUUAUGUGACCCUGAGCAAUCUAACUAUAACAUGUAGAUUAUUAUUGAUCACUGUAACAAACAAACAAACCCUGAAGAUAUUUGCUACAGUAACUAAUCCUCACAACCAAACUUUGAUCAUAAAGACACCAACACAUGUUCUUUUCAGUAUGAUGAUGUGCAUUUAUUAAUUGUUGUAUGUUAAAUACA